UCACACUUCACACCACUAACAUCGGCCUGCCCCAAAUUUCGAGAACAGCUGCAUUUUUACCAGAGCUCUUGAUAUAUCUUCCGUAAUCAUCAUCAACAGAUUUUGCGAGGCUUUACCAUCAGUAAACCAUCCAAUAAGGACAGAGGUUGCCAUGAGGGCGAUGUGUAUGAUCAUCCUGGCCUCUCUGUCGGUUUCUAUGUCACCCAUGACUGAGUGUCAAAGUCUGCCGGCUGAGGAAGACCCGUCACUUAGUGAGCUUUUCCAGCGUGCUGAAAGUCUACUCAUCAGCUCUAUUCUCACACAGAUGGAGGACGAGAAGAACGCCAACGAAGAAGAGUUUCUGUCCCAGUCGGAGUUGAUGGAGAAGAGGCAACACCCGGGCAAACGGCAACAUCCUGGUAAACGCGAGGAUGUGGACUACGAAGACGACACAUCCCUCCAGAAGCGACAACAUCCUGGGAAACGAGAGGAGGAAAGCAUGAUGAUUAAAAGACAGCAUCCCGGAAAGCGUCUGUCUCUGGAGCAAAUGAUGGCGGAGAAUCCGAGCGCUCAGAGCUGGCUGUCCAAACGCCAGCACCCGGGAAAACGGUACCUGAUGCUGCUUCAGAAAAGACAGCAUCCCGGCAGGCGCGAAUUAUACGAGAGCGGGACCACAGGAGACCUGUUGGAUGUGGAAAAACGUCAACAUCCUGGAAAGAGACUGUGGAAAGCGAAGACCGGUCCAUGCGAGGAUUGGGAUAUUGGGGACUGUGAUCCAGCCAGUAUCCUGCUCGAGAUUCUGGACAACGCAAGUAAAAGUCGCGCGGAGGAGAAGAGACAACAUCCCGGGAAACGGUUUGAUACAGAGGAAGAUGCCACGGAACAGGAUUAAUUUUAGAGGAGCGUGUAAAAUGUGAUGAGUCCGAUGAAUAAUAAUAAUGAUUAUUUUCAAAAUAUCAUAUUAAUGGGAAAUGCGUCUGUCUCAAUGCGUCAUAUGUUUAACCGGUCGCUUUUAAGUUUUUUAACAUUUCAUUAAAGCAAAAGACCAAACAAAGUCUUAUUUUAAAAUGUGCAGAUGCGUUACUGUUAAUUUCUCCGUGAAAUGCUGAGUUGUUUCUGUAUUCGUAAUGCCCAUGUCUCUGAAGUCAGACGUUGUUAUAUGUUGCACAUUAACGUUAUACGUACAGAUUUUAAUCCCUGCACUGCAACUGUGCUGGUAUUAAAGCUAUGUUGCAAAUGAGAUGUACUAAUUGAGCGAACCAGAUCGUAUUCUGCUUAAAGUUCAUCUUUUGAGGUCUCAGUAACAUUUCAAAUAAGGCACAUUAAUGCAUGUGGUCAAAAAAGAACUUAAAUGAGAUUUCUAAAUUACUUUAUUGUGUGAAAUGUACAUUUUAAAUGAACAUUCCUUGCCGAAAUAUUUUUCUACAGUAUUCUUGCAUGAAGAAUUUGCAACCUGUACAUUUUCAUUAUUUUGUUCUAUUGAUAUAGAGCAUAUAAAUUACAAUUAUGUUGUACAAUAAAAUGCUUUCGAUGCCGA